GUUUGUUGCAGUCAUUCAGAUACACCCUGUAUAGUAGACACUGACCGUAAACCAAUGUUGGGCCGUGAAUGGAUACGACAAUUGGGUAUAACAUUGGAGAACGUUUCUCAAAUAUCUACUGAAAAUAGUGUACAAAAAGUUUUACAAAAAUAUCCUACUGUAACUCAAAGCUCCAUGGGGAAAAUACAGGGUAUGCAAGCACGAUUAAAAUUAAAAUCAAAUACUACACCGGUGUUCAUAAAAGCACGGAAAAUACCCUAUCCAUUACAGUAAAAAGUAGGUGAGGAAUUUCAAAACCUCGAAAAAGAAGGUAUUUUAAUGAAAGUUAAAAAUUCUGAAUGGGCUACACUCAUUGUACCGGUCGUAAAAGCAAACGGGAAAGUUCGUAUCUGUGGUGAUUUUAAGGUCACAUUAAAUCCAAAUUUAAUUGUUGACGAGUAUCCUCUACCCACAAUUGAAAGUUUGUUUUCCUCAAUGGCAGGUGGACAUGAAUUCACCAAAUUAGAUUUGCAACAAGCAUAUUUACAAUUACCAGUACAUUCCGAUGACCAAAAAUAUUUAACACUUACCACACCAAGGGGUUUAUUUCAAUGUACACGUUUAAUGUAUGGCAUUGCUAGUGCACCUACGAUUUGGCAAAGAGAAAUAGAAAAUAUUUAAAAGACAUUCCUGGAGUAUCUGUAUUCCUUGACCAUAUAAAAGUUACUGCACCAGAUGAUGAAACACGUUUCAAACGAUUAGAUGAAGUUUUGCAAAGAUUGUCAAACCAUAAUAUACGUAUAAAUUUAAACAAAUGUGAUUUUAUGAAAGAUAAAAUAGAGUAUUGUGGAUAUUUGAUAGAUAAAACAGAAAUUCAUAAAGUUAAGAACAAAAUGGAUGCUAUUCAAAAUGCUAAAAUACCUUCCAACAAAACCGAAGUCAGAGCUUUCGUAGGUCUUAUAAAUUAUUAUGGAAGAUUCUUGGAAAAUUUAAGUUCGAAAUUAUAUCCAUUAUAUAAUUUAUUGAAAAAACGACGUAAAAUUCAAAUGGAGCAGGGAAUGUCAAAAAGCAUUCACAAUAGUAAAAAAAGAGAUCAUGUCCGACCGUGUAUUGGCACAUUUCGAUCCUAAGCUGCCGUUAGUGUUAGCCACUGACGCAAGUCCCUACGCAAUAGGUGCAGUACUGUCUCACGUUUACCCCGACGGUACUGAGAGACCAAUUCAAUUUGCAUCACAAGGUUUAUCAGAGGUUCAGCGAAGAUAUGCACAGAUAGAUAAGGAAGCCUACAGCAUAAUUUUUGGAGUAAAAAAAUUUUAGUACUUGUAUGGUCGAAAGUUUACACUUCUGACAGAUCAUCGACCACUAGUACACAUAUUUAUUCCUGCUAAACACCUACCGACUCUAUCAACAACAAGAAUGCAACACUAUGCUUUAUAUUUGCAAAAUUUCCACUACGAUAUAAAGUACAAAAAUACAAAAGAACAUUCAAAUGCUGAUGCAAUGUCUAGAUUGCCAUCAAAUUCAAUGGAAAUUAGUAAUUAUGAUGAACCGGAUGCUUUUGAAAUAUUUCAAAUUCAAAAUUUACCUGUUACGUUUCAAGAAAUGCAAAAAGAAAGCCUAAAUGAUACCAGUUUUUCAAAAUUAAUGCGUGGUUUAUCCUUGGGUACACAUGUAAAUAAAGAAGAUCGUUUUAACAUUGAUCAAUCUGAAUUUUCAUUAAGCCCCCCAUCGACGGUCGAACAUGUUGGCCAACAUGUUCUGUCCGAGUGGCUCGGCCAACAUGUUCAACCGUCGAUGGACGCGCUUCCAACAUCCUCGACUGAUUUGUUGGGUUGGGCGCUCGGCUCGACAGCUACGGCCAACUCGAGCCCAACACCGAGCAUGUUCAAUCGUGGAUGGUCAACCGUCGAGCAGCUCGACGAGAAUGACGUCAGUUUAGACAUCUUUUAAUAGUGUUUACACUACAUUGGAGUUACAUUGGGUUAAAAUGUCUUUUAACGAUAAUAAGAAGUUUUGGAGCGAAUUUAUCGAAAUAUACAGGGACCAACGUUCGCUGUGGGAUGUAAAACACAUAUAGUAACAAACACCUUCGCAAGGAAGGGUAUACGGCAUUAAUCGAUAAGGCAAAGGAAAUAUUUCCAGAUUGUGACGAGAAAUUUGUAAAAGCGAAAGUGGAAUCACUCCGAGCUUCCUUUCGGAAAGAAUUAAAGAAAGUGCAAAGUUCAAAACGGACCGAAAGUGGUCAAGAUGACGUAUAUGAACCAAGUCUAUGGUAUUAUGAUUUAAUGGUAUUCACCAGCGACCAAGAAGUGGCUAGAAAAGGUGUAUCGUCGUUGGAAAAACGAAAAAGAGAUGAGGUGCCACUGGAGGACGAGGAAGAGAGUGGCGAGGACAAAUUAGAAGAACGAGUUACAACACUUGACGAUUCUUCAAGAGAGUUUGAAGCUAGUGUACCCACUGUUUCAUCCGUCCAAUGUGUUACUUUAAGUGAUUUGUCUGCACCAAGUACGUCCGCUGCUUGUACCCAAAAAAGGGCAACCAGGAAAAAGAGGAACGUAUCAGCGUUGGACAAAAAACAAGAAAAUUUUUUAGAUGCUGCUACGACUGUGUUGACCAGCCAGAAUAAGUUCCGCGCAUUUGGAAACAAUGUGGCUUUCCAGUUCGAAGACAUGGACCGAUGUCAACGAGUGAUUGCAGAGAAACUAAUAUCCGACGUUCUGUUCUACGGCAAGUUAGGGAAUUUAAAACCCUAUUCUACAGUAAUGACAGAACAAUCAAACCAUACCAACUUACAGUCACUUAAUUAUUCAACUCAAAUGCAACCUAUCAUUCAAAACCAAUAUAGUAAUCAAUAUCCGCAUCAUUCAUACAUCUCCCAUACUCCUAACUAUUUUACACAACAGCUAUGCAGUACACCGCCUUCUCAAUAUCCACCUACAGAUACAUCUGUAGUGCCUUCACCUGCAAUUGCUAAUACCAACUUUCUAAAAGCAGCAAGUGAACCUACCUUAUAUAUAUACUCACAACCAAGAGUUUCAAACUAAAGCAGUUACUACCUCUUCUGAAGAAAGAAUUAACCGUCAAGAUGUUGGGGAUGAACUCGGUCAGUUUUUGCAUUUAGAUAAAGUUCGUAAUGAUUAGCAUUGAAUAACCUAACUUUCUACGUUUGUAACAUGUUUUAUUAACAUUGUACACGUAAUAAAUUUGUU